AAACGCUCAGGUCCAAGAGGGCUUGCGUGAAAAAUAUAGAAAGAGGGCUUGAACGAGAGGAGGAAGAAAGAGAGAGCGGGCUUGUCCGAGAGAAAGAGGGGGGCAAGGGCUUGUCUUGGCUCCCAUGGACGGCUUCAGAUCGAAGUCCGUCAACGACGGAAAGAUGCAGCUUGAGGUCUACGGCGGCCGGCCGCCACAUCCCCCUUCCGGCAUCUACGAUUUCAGGAGUUACAGCAUGUCCUAUGCCUCCUCCGCCCAGUCCGGGGGCGGCUACGGUGGAAACGGCUCCAGGGAGGUCAAGUUCGACAAGGGGAAGGGGGCCUCCGGAUCUUCAAAGAAGGGGUGGGUCUUCAGCGACCCGGAGUUCCAGCGGAAGAAGCGUGUGGCCAGCUACAAGGUCUACGCCGUCGAGGGGAGGGUGAAGGGUUCCCUUAGAAGGAGCUUCAGGUGGCUCAAGGAUAGAUACACCAAAGUGGUCAAUGGCUGGUGGUGAUCCCUUCUUCUUGGAAUAAGUCGACAUUAUCUUAGUUGCAGUUUGAGGUUUCAUCGCAGGAAGGUUUUCUGCCUCAAGUCUGUUGCUCGUAACUUCUAUUUUGGGAGGGCAAAAUGUCAGAAUAACUUAAACAGCAUACUUUGUAGUCCCAUUUGAUAUAUUUAUUUUUAGUCUGAUGUUGUAUGGGCCAUUCAAGAAGCGUCUCGUGAUGCAUCUGUAUAACGAUCAGUCCAAGUUCAAGUUCUAUGCAUUUGCUUUGGUUAAUCUGUGAAGUGCUACAUUAUCUAUGAAUUUAGUGAUAAGGGGUAAUUCAUAUGUGAGCUUAUAUUUGGUUUGACUGGUUGGUCUAUAGCUGAGUGAACUGUAAUACUUGACAAACUUUGUAUUUCAAAACUGGUGAGUAUUAGAUUUGGUUGUGGAGCCUAA